ACCCAGACAAACUGGGUCACUGACAACCUUGUUUACAGGUUGUUCUAAAAAUAUACUUGCUAAAAUGAUUAUGGGAAGCAGGUAGCUUGAGACUGUUGGACAUGCGACUAUGUUAUUAUGUCUUUGAUGGCUGCUUGCACAAUUUCAAAGUUUAAUAAAAAGAUGUUUGCCAAAAUUGCGAGAACUGGUUUUUGUGUGAAUUCACUCGCAACACGACAUGGGAAUAGCAACAAACAUUGGCAUUUUAUGACUUCUGCAGCAAUUCACAGCGAAGUAAACAGAGUUUUUGAUCGCAAAGCAAAGCGUAUUCACAAGAACUUUUGCAACCAAUCUAUCGACGAUAUUGAAACCUAUGAAUAUGUAAAAAAUGAUAUUGCAUUUCAACUUGGUGACAGAAUCGCUGAUGUAAGUCGUGAUUUUCCACUUGCACUCGAUCUGGGAUGUGGGCGAGGAUUUCUAUCAAGCCAUCUUACUAAACAAGACACUGUUAGAAUGAUUAUUCAAGGUGACACUAGUGAAAAUUGUGUCAAACACGCAAAAGAAUCUGAUAUUCCAAUCUCAAAUCUCGUUUUAGACGAGGAAAAUUUGAUGUUCAGAGAGUCCACAUUUGAUAUUGUGAUGAGUAAUUUGAGUCUUCAUUGGGUGAAUGAUUUACCUGGAUGCUUCAAACAAGUUUUAAAGAUACUCAAGCCUGAUGGAUGUUUUCUUGGUGCAGUGCUUGGUGGAGACACGUUAUAUGAACUUCGAUGUUCAUUACAACUUGCAGAAACUGAACGAGAAGGUGGCAUGGCCGCACAUGUUUCGCCAUUCCUCCAAGGACCUGAUUUGACAAAUCUGCUUUCUAAUGCUGGAUUUAGUCUUGUUACUGUUGAUAUUGAUGAAAUGGUGAUUGAAUAUCCUAGUAUGUUUGAAGUUAUGGAUGAUAUUAAAGGCAUGGGCGAAAAUAAUGCUUUAACUAAAAUUAAACCCUUACAUAGAGAUACAAUUACUGCAGCAUCUUCAAUUUACCAAGCAAUGUAUGGUGAUGAGGAUAAUGUGCAUGCCACAUAUCAAAUAUUAUAUUUUAUUGGAUGGAAACCACCCGGGCAUAAAACUUCAUGAAGGAUUGUGAGAUACACCUGGAGUUGUGUCGCAUAUAAUCCAGAUAGAGCACAUUACUAUUUUCAUAUGAUUAUGCAGCAUAAAAUUAUUCUAUAUAAAAUAUGAGCAACUCGAUGCUUUUUUCAUUUCAAUGUAGUUCUGUGAUCAUUUAUUUGGAACAUGUAAGGUUUUAGAGGCUGCGAUAUUAUCAUUGCUAUUUGAACUUUGUUGUAAACCUUUUAUUCAAAAGCUAGUGAAAAUAAUUUUAAAAACAGUUUCAACAACUAUUUACUGUAAGUAUACAGCCAUACUGAACAUACACCAUGCAUACAAAAAAUGCACACUGCGUGAGAUCUUAAGCCCUAUUUUGUCUUUGUA